CAUUAACAAUACGUUAAACUAAUUAUAAUUAAAUAAUACACUAAUAGAUGAACUAAUUUACAAAGAUUUGUAUAAUUUGGUGAUAAUAUAGUGAUAAUUGUAAUACUGGUUAGCAUUGAAUGAAUAACAACUGAAUGUAUGAAUGAGUGAUAGAUUGCUGUGAAUGACAACCAAUGGAUCACUAAUUGCUUUGAAGUUUGUCAAAUCAUAGCUAAUAAUACGAAAUGAAGAGAUAAUUGACAGCAAGUUCUCGUAUUGGCAGUGGUUUUCAGUAUUAAUUGUAUUGUCAUUUGGGAUCAAUUAAAAUGAAACCAUUUGUAAGUUUAUUGGCGUUGAGUUCAAUCUAUUUAAGCGUCGAUUGCAAUGAAGUAUCAAUUGAUCCGAAAGUGACGCUCAACUCAUUAGAAGACGUGGAAGUAUUGACUUAUUUUCUUCUUUGGAAAUAUAAUUACUUUCAUAACAAUAACCAGAGAAGAGAUAAAACAAGCUUUGAUUUGAAUGAUGAGACGUUUGAAGACAAUGACAGUGACAUUGAAUCCAAACUAUUAUUAUUCAUCGAGAAUUUGAAGGACAAUAAACUCAUUCAACAUAUCACUAACUCGUCAUCCGUGGCAUCAAUUGAUACGACAAUAAGAAGUUGUGAUCAUAUAGAUAACAGAUUGAUAAGCAAAUGGGCGACCAAUACGUCGACCUCGAAGCUCCGGAGUAUCUGUGAGGCGGCGUCGGGAUGCAAGUCCGCCAAACAACUCAUUCAACUCAUUGACAGUCCGUUUGUAAAACCGGGUCCUUUGCUAUUAAGUCAAUCGAUUGUCAGAUUGUGUCCAUUAAUACUGUUUCAACUCCAAGAACACCAGUGCAUUGAACAGCGAGAGAGUCAUUACAAAGCCCUGAAUCGUCCCAAUUCUGGUGCCGUCUGGGGGUUCGGUCUUCUGUUCGUCACAAUUGUGAGCUUCUGUUCACUGAUAGGAGUGGCGAUUCUACCCCUCCUCACCAGAAGCACAUACGAUGUGAUGUUGACUCUGUUCGAGGGCUUA